AUGAUAACGUUUGCCCACACAAAGAAGAAGAAUUUGUUGAAUUUUAAUGGUCCUUCCGUUGAGAGGCUCUUGAAAAAGAUUGAUCAAAAAUUGGCUCACGAAACAUCUUCAAAUAAUUUGAAAAGGCUCAAGAAAUUAUUGGUACGAAAGAGGACUCUUCAGAAGAAUAGACGAAAUAUAUUCGAAAAGUGUCCUCCAAAAUUUGAUCAACAAGACGAGCCAAUGAUUUCACACAAUUCCACUUCUUCCUAUCAAUUUUACGAUGACAUUUGUUAUGAAAUAUUGUCUUUUAUUGAUGAUUGGAAAUUAAUUUUGUUGACUUGUUCAUUAAUUUCGAAGCAGUGGUUGAAUGUUGUGAGAGAAAGGGUGAAACUUUGUGUGGAAUUUAAAAAUCCAAUUGUCAGUAAGAAAACCAUAAAAUUAAUGAUGAAUAGAGAGUGUUUAGAACAGUUUGAGUCGAUGAAUGUGAGAGGUAUUUCAAGGUUACAGUUUUACAAGAUUUUUGAAAAAACUAAACAAUUGACUAAACUUGAUAUUGGUAAAAGUAUAAUAUGGUUGGAAGGAUUUAAAAGUAUUACUGAAUUGAAACAUUUAAACUCGUUGGAUAUGAAUAACAUGGUUUUUAUGGAGAAAGAAUCUAAAUUAGAGCUGUUAGAAUCCAUUAGUCAAUUACACCAGCUGACCUGUCUGAAUAUUAGUUCUAAUAAUGUUGGUUUUAAUACAUUCAAACCAAUUGGAAACGUGAAACAGUUAACAUAUUUAGAUGUCAGUUGGAAUUAUAUUUCGGAUGAGGGAGCAAAAGUUUUGAGUCAAUUAAGUCAAUUAACACAUCUUAAUGUUAAUUGCACUAUUAUUGGAAUUGAAGGAGCGAAAUAUAUCAGUAAGUUAACUAAAUUAAGAACACUUAUUGCUGCAAGGAAUAACUUUUGGAUUGAGGGUUGCCAAUAUUUUAGUGAAAUGGAACAAUUGACUGCACUAGAUGUUUCUCAUAAUAGUAUUGGCAAUACUGGUAUCAAAUAUCUAUCUAAAAUGAAACAAUUGACUGAAUUAAAUAUUAAUGAUAAUGCUAUCAAUCAAUUUGGAACAGAAGAAUCCAAAUUAAUUCGGGAGUUAUCUCAAUUAACAAAACUCUCUAUUAGCUCAAAUAAUAUUGGAAUCGAAGGUGUAACAGCCAUUUCUACAAUGAGUCAAUUAAGAACACUCAACAUAUUUUUCAAUAGGAUUGGAUUAGCUGGAGCCAAGUUAAUAAGUGGAAUGCAAAACCUGACUGUACUUGAUAUUUGUAAUAAUGACAUUGGUACAAACGGUGCUAAGGAAAUUAGCAAAAUGAAACAAUUAACGAAACUAGAUAUUGCUAGAAAUAUGAUUGGAAAUGAAGGCGCAAAAGCACUCAAAAGCAUGAAACAACUCAAAUCACUUCGAAAUACAUUUAAUAAUAUUAUAUGGAAUGACGAUGAAGACUUGAGUUUGGGCGAAAUAUUGUAGAAUUUACUCUCUAAGUACGAAUAGAUCACCAUAAUUUUCAACCAGAUAUUUCCAUUGCAAAUCUGUUAAUCCAAUUCCUAAUUGCAAAGUUUCACUUGUAUUUCCAUGUAAGAAUGCAUGAUGAAGGAAAUCCAUCUUUUCAAAGUUGACCAUUCCUCUUGGUUGGCCCAAAAUUCUAAAAUUGAUAUCAUUUAAAAAGUCAUACUUCAUCCAAUUUGUCAUUGAGAAGGUAAUCCUUGCAUCAUCAAUAAUUACCUUAUAUCUGUCCAUGUGUUCUUCAUCGUGGUAGGAUUUACUCAUCUCUUGAAUAAAUCUUUCAGUUGCCUUUUCAGUAUUUUGUUCAUUAACUUGCUUUCUAACUUGCAUCACUAGCUCUGCAAGUGACAUCUUUAGGAUUUCGCUCUUCUUUUGAGAGAUCCAAACAUUCGAAAGAGGAUUGCCAAUAUACAUUUUAGUGUCAUCUCUGAUUGGAGGAUAAUUAAAUCUAAAGUUGCAUACCAUUCUAAAGGAGAGAGUAGUUUCCCCUGGUUGACUUGGGUCUGCGUGAGCCAUCAUUGAAAAGAGAAUUGCUGAAAUAACAUCAUUGGUUGAUACAAUUGAAUUGUUUGGAGUGGAAUUUUUGAUUUUCUGUUUGAGAAUUUCUAAUUGUUUUUUGGAAAUGUUAAUUCUUCUAGCUUUGGCUUUGUAUUGACGAAGACAAUUAAUCAUGUUAAAGACAUAUUUGUGGAAUUU